AUGCCCGCCCGAGACCCAGACUCCGACUCUGACGUCGAAUUCGAAGACGUUCUCCCUCAAUCCAACCAAUCCAACUCCGACCAAAAUGGCACGCCAGCCCACCAAAUAUGGACGCCAACUCUGACCCUCCCAAACCAACUACCCGACCCUGUGGCACCAGGCUCAGAAGACGAAACCCAACUCCGCGGCCGCCUCACCACCGGCCUGGAGCGGAUAACCUACCGCCAAAUGAAAGCCGACAUGGGCAUGGACGCACCCGGUACGCCGCAUGCCGACCGCCGCUACGAGAACUUCAAAGAACUAGCCGAUGACAUCGAGGGCAUGGUCGACAUGCUCUGGGUAUCUGCAACACCGUCAAUCCAAGUAGAAGGUCUAAUCACACUAGCGGGGAUUCUCGAAAUGGCACUAAAAUCGUACCCCUUCGAUCCCGAAUCCACAUUGGGGAUCCUGCACAAAUUCGACCGUGUUUUCGAGGCUCUUUGCACGGGCGUGCAUCCGCUCACUAAUGAACCUAUUCCCGGGGCUCGGGAUCGUUCGCAGACCGUGACGCAGACUCAGAAGGUGCGGAUUCGCAGUCUCGCGGAGAUGACUAGGAAUAAGCUCUUUUCGAUGUUGCCGGACGAUGAGGAGGAUGAGGAUGUUGAGCAGCCUUGGUUGAUUGAGGUCACGAAGGUUUACGAUCGGACUCUGAUGCUUUUGGCGGAUGAAGGGGGUGUUGGCGAUGCGGAGUGGAAUUGGAGAUGA